GCCUGAGAGGCUAACGUCUUGCAGUCAUGCGUUUUCUCUGUGAUGUGAGGGGCACCUGUGCUGCUUCUGCUGCUCUUGCUGCUGCAUCACUGAGGUUUACACUUACUUUACACCACCGGGAUUUGCAAAGCAUGAUGUCCACAGGUAUGUGUGAGCCUUUCUUUCAUUUUGUUAUAAAUAUAAACUAAACUUGUAUAUAAACUGAAAUAUGUCCACAAAAAACAUUUUUUAAAGCAAACAGCGCUGUAGUAGUAAAACCAUCAACCCAUCCGUGAUGCAGAUGUUUGUUUUAUAAUCGAUAUUUGUGUAUUUUUCAUGCAGCUGUAACAUUCUUAAAUAAAUAUAGUUAUUUGCAUUCAAACCAAUCUCAAAUUCAGUGUGCGUACUCGCUACACACGCACGCACACACACACACACACACGCGGGCUCUGCUGUGAGAUCACAUGAUUUCAAGGAAUCUGCGAGCUGAAGUGAAAGCGAAAGUGUGGUCGCGAACACCUGAAUCAACGGUUUGAAGCGCGCAUGCGCGUUUGAGCGAAAGAAGGAGCGCGUACGUUCUCUGAAAACGAAAUCAUCUUUUUUAUCAAACGAGUUGCGACUUUCUGGGGGCGAGAAGCCGACUGUAGCUCACUGCUGCCACACCAUGGCGUCUCAAAGUGGACUGAGCAACAGAUGACCAGCCGGGAAGAAGUGAAUGAUGGAGGAUCUGCCAGUGAAAAACGGAGUAACUGGUGCAACAGGUGGUCAAGAGGAGGAUUGUUCUUUGUAGGAUGGUCAGAGACAAUUGCAAUAAAGUGGUAGUACAAAGCCCAAAACAGAGCCACGCAGCCGAACCACAGAGCCCGAGUGAGCCCUCUGAAGAACACCGGGAACAGAGCCCAAACAGAGCGGAGUCGAGAGAGCGGCAGCUGGAUUUACUGCACUGGGUCAAAAACAACUAUGAGGAAGACGCUGAGCUCUGGGAAGUGACUGGAGCUGAUUCUGAUGGCUUGCCCACACACCUCCGUCCGUUCACCAGCGAAGCAGAGUAUAAACUAGUAAAAAGUACUUACCAGCAGCUUCUGCAGAGUGAUUACUACUGGGGAUCCCUGACCAUGGAAGAAGCCCACGGAAAACUCAAAAAUGCUCCUGCUGGAACUUUCCUCAUCAGGGACAGCGGGCAACCGGAUGUUUUCUUCACUCUGAGUUACCAAAGCGACGACGGCCCGACGAGUAUUCGCAUCCAGCUGAACAAGCUCCACUUCAAUCUGUUUGGCAGCCAGAGGACUUUUCCUUCACUCUUUGCUCUGCUGACUUACUACACCAGCUCCUGCUGUAAACUGACGGUGCCCUUUCGCAUUCACCGCCCAGAGGGCCUGAAGCAGAUGUGCAGGAGGGCCUUUGUAAGCGUGUUUGGAGCAGAUAGGAUAAGCACAUUACCUGGUCUCAACAAGCAAGUGAGAAGCUACCUUUGGGCAUACCCUCACCCUAUAUAGACCCAUGUGCUCCAAGUUUCUGUGUCAGGAUGUUGUGCUAUCACAAGGAUAAAGAAUGUUAUUUCUUACUUUUUAAAGAAGUUAUCCUUUGUAUUUUAAAUGAGAGAUAAUAGAAGAUCACUGCAGGUGACUGCUAUGAAUGAUAUUAUUGGAGAGACAAGCGAGUAGAAGGAUGUAACCAUCAGAGGUAGAAAUGGCUACAUGAGGUAAUUCAGGCGACCUGCGGCACAGAUGGACAACCUGAAGGUUUCUGGUUGUUGAGAGGUUAUUUGCACACCUUCUGAUAAUGUAUUGUUUUACAGAUUUGACAAAGCACGUGUUAUCGUUGU